CUGGCUGCUCAUCCUGUUCGCCAGCAACGCGGCGAUGCUGUACGCGGCCCGCGCCAUCGCGGGCUUCGCCACGGGCGCCACCUCCGUGGCCGCACCCCUGUACUGCGCCGAGAUCGCCGAGCCGACCAUCCGCGGCACCCUCGGCACCUUCUUCCAGCUGCAAGUCACCAUCGGCAUCCUGCUCACCUUCAUCGUGGGCGGCUUCGCGUCCUACACGGCGCUGGCGGGGGUGAGUCUCGCCGUCCCCAUCCUGUGGUUCGCGACCGUCAUGCUGCUGCCCGAGACCCCCAUGUUCCUGCUCAAGAAGAACAACCCCCAGGCCGCCAAGCGCGCGCUGCGUCGACUGCGCGGCGUCACCUACGACGGCAUCGACUGGGAGGUGGCCGAGAUGCAGCGGGGCAUCGACGCGGCCGCCGACAACGACGCCUCGAUCAAGGAGCUGCUUUCGUCCAGGGCGGUGAUCCGGGCGCUCGUCAUCUGCCUGGGGCUCAUGGUGUUCCAGCAGGUGUCCGGCAUCAACGCCGUCAUGUUCUACGCCGUGACCAUCUUCGAGAAGGCCGGCAGCUCGCUCAAGCCCGAGAUCGCCACCAUCAUCGUGGGCGUGGUGCAGGUGCUGGCGACGGGGCUGGCCGCGGUGCUGGUGGAGCGCGCGGGCCGCCGCCUGCUGCUGCUUGGCUCGGCCGCGCUCAUGGCGCUGGCGCACAUCGUCCUGGGAGUGUACUUCCACCUCAGCGACUCGGGCACGGACGUGUCCUCUUUGGGCUGGCUGCCCUUGCUGUGCGUCGUCCUCUUCGUCGUCGUCUUCAGCUUGGCGUUCGGCCCCAUCCCCUGGAUGAUGGCCGGCGAGCUGUUCGCCGAUGACGUCAAGGCCACGGCCUCCACCGCCGCAGCUGCCGUCAACUGGAGUAUGGCGUUUGCCGUCACCAAGGUGUUCCCCACCCUUAUGUCGGGCGUUGGUGUCCCCGGCACGUUCUGGAUCUUUGGGGGAUGCUGUGUGGCGGCCACGGUGUUCGUCGCCGUCCUCGUGUUCGAAACCAAGGGACGCAGCCAGGCCGAGGUUCAGGACAUCUUGAGCGGGAAGCGGAUGUAAAACGGAGUCCUGCCGCACUCUCUCAAGCGACGUGUCAAGUCGCAACCCCGCAUUCACCCCCUGUGGAGUGGGCUAUGGCGGGUCUGCUUAACUACUGCAUCAAACGGGGAAAAUGGGACACCCCUUGGUAGAGGGAGGAGGUACCCCUUCGCCCGUAGCCCCCUGAUUUCGGGCUUCAUCGCUAGUCAUUUGACAUUGAACCGGUACAUGGCACGAAAGGUACAAAAGAUACGCCGGCCUGCCAAUCACCGUCGCUAGUUGUAUUUUAAUUUGGUAUAAGACUAGUUGGUGCUUGGGUGGUUACUAGCCGGAAAUGCAUCGACGUAACGUCGUUGAAUCAACAUUGAUCUGACUAUUAUAUGGUCCGAAAUUCGUAACUCGAAAACGCAACCCCGACUUCGACGUCGAUUCAACGUUGAGUCGACUUUCAAUUCCUGGCUGGGCUAAGAGGUUCACCAGCCUAGAUCUGAAUCUGUCAGACAAAGCACGCAACACAAUGUAAUACUCUGUUAGACGCAGACCGCAAAUCUAAGUCAGCGAGCAUCCAUUUGCGCCAUUCACUCAUCAUUCCCAGUUACGCUCUAGUCAAUUAUUUUACGUCCGCGUCACGUAUUUUUCCGAAAUGCGCAUACUUUAUAUGAUAUGCAGUACGAUUGACAGGAGAGAAAAUAACAAUACGAUUGUUCACAAAUCAUCUCUUUUGUCGAGAAAGAAAAUAUUGAAACCGAAAAAAAUAGUAAUAUAAUAAAGCCGCAAGUUACGUGCGA